UUUCCACGUUGUUUCAGAGGUUCCAGUCUGGUUUCAGUUUUGAAUGAUUUCUAGACUUAUUUAUAAAUAUUGUUUAGCUUUUAAAGUAUUUAAAGUUCACGGCUGUGCGAUUACAUUUCAAAGCCCGGUUUUGAAAAAAAAGAUGAACGAAUUUUCUGCGAUUGAAAAACUUAAUGCCGUCAACAAAGACAUCAAGUCUUCCUUAAAAACCUUGGAGCAAGAAUUGUUCCAAGUUGAAAGGGCGGCUUAUGAGAAACCAAUAUUAGAGAAAGUCUUAAAAGAAAAUGAAGAAUUAGAACGUAUUAUUGAAGAGAAAGUCCGAUACCUUACUGAACUUGAACAGCGGUACAAGCAGGCUAAUCCUGAAUCAGAAUCUAAUGAUUAUGAAGCUAAACAAUUACCAGUCACUUGUCCAGAGGUGGCCAAUAAAACAGAAAAUGUUGAAAAUAAAAAUAAAAAAGUGAAAAAAGAGGGAAAAACUAAAGUGCAACAAGCACCAAAAAAAGAAACUAAUGAAGUUGAUGCUCCAGUUGAUGUUGGAAGAUUGGAUCUUAAAGUGGGUCAGAUAGUCGAAAUCAAAAAACACCCAGAUGCGGAUAGUUUAUACGUCGAACAGAUUAACAUAGGAAAACCGGCGGCUAUAACCGUUGUGAGCGGUCUCGUCAAGCACGUGCCGAUUGAAGAAAUGGAAAACAGGAUGGUCGUAAUCCUCGGCAAUUUGAAACCGGUCAAAAUGCGGGGUGUGACAUCAGAAGCCAUGGUCAUGUGUGCGAGCACGCCGGACAAAGUCGAAGUCCUGAGCCCACCUAUCGGUUCUUCACCGGGCGAUGUCAUCACCGUCUCUGGCUACAAGCACAACCCCGAUCCAGUGCUUAACCCCAAGAAGAAGAUAUUUGAAACUGUCGCACCUGAUCUUAAAACAGACUCAGACUGUAUCGCUACCUAUAAAGGUGCCAGGUGGUCUGUCGAAGGAAAGGGUUAUGUUAGUGCUAAUACUUUAAUUGGCGCUCCUAUAAAAUAAAGUUAAAUUAUAAAUGUG